UUAAUUGAGAUGGUAAUUAUACGUGCUAAAAAAUGCAGCAUACUUCCAUUUAUCAUUCCGAUCUGUGCCAGUGACGAACAAGAGCUUGCGAAGCGAGUACCUGUUAUGUAGCUUAGUGAUCUACGUUAGUAAGAAACCGUACAACUCAGUGACGCGUUAAACUUUUUCCUGGUGAAACUAAAAUCUUUGUGUAUUCCCAAAAUAUUCAUAUAUCUUCAGUUGAGAUUUAGAUAGAACUUCUGAAAGUGUAGUGAAAUAUUCACGUUGAGCUGCAGAUGUUAUCUCCUGGCAAGAUGUUUAUCGUUAAUUUUUUGAGAAUUUUGGAGAAAUUUAAUGAAUUUUUCAGUAACGCAUCAUGUAAAAUGCUAACAACCAGAAACUAAUCAUAUUAUUUCUCCUUACCCUAUUUAAAAACGGAUAGCACUAUCCCGAGAAGUCAUUUAUCAAUGAGCAGCAUGGGAGAUUUUAAAAAUUUGGAAGAAACUUCUUCCUCGAGUGGACAACUGACGCGGCCGAUGUUGAUAUUGACGCUCUUCAGCGCCAUUGGAGGUUUCCUCUUCGGUUACGACACUGGUGUUGUGUCGGGAGCCAUGCUGCUUGUCAGACACGAUUUCAACCUCAGCACCGCGUGGCAUGAAAUCAUCGUGUCAGGCACCAUAGCCGCGGCGUGGGUGGCUGCUCUGGCGGCGGGCCCAGCUACAGAUCGUUUCGGCAGAAGGCGUAUGAUCGUGUUGGCCAGCGUGCUGUUUGUCACCGCAGCGGUUGUUAUGGGCGCUGCACCUGAGAAAAUAACGCUUCUCUGUGGCAGAAUUAUAGCCGGUCUAGCUAUUGGAUUCGCUUCGAUGUGCGUCCCGUUGUACCUGAGCGAAAUGGCCGAGACGACGUUGAGAGGCCGCUUAACUGUCACCAACAUCAUUUUCGUGACGGGAGGACAGUUUGCCGCCAGUCUCGUCUGCGGGGCGUUCUCAAACGUGCCUCAUGGAUGGAGGUGCGUGCAUGGAUGUUUGGAUUGGGUGCCCGCCGCAGUGCAGUUUGUGGGGUUCUUCUUUAUGCCGGAGUCUCCUCGAUGGCUGGUGGCUCAGAAAAGAAACGAAGAAGCAAAAGACGUGCUGCUGCGCUUCAGGCCUCCAGCUACUGACAUCAGUGCGGAGCUGCGCGAUAUCGUACACACCAUCAGCAAGGAGAUGGAUGAAGAGGAGGGUGUCUCUCUAGGUCGUAUCCUAGCUACCAGUGCCGUACGGCGCGCCCUGACUCUGGGCUGUCUGCUGCAGAUGUUCCAGCAGCUCGCUGGCAUCAACACGGUCAUGUACUACAGCGCCAGCAUCAUCACCAUGGCCGGCAUCGGUGACCCAACAACGGCCAUUUGGAUCUCAGCGGGCGUGGCCUCCUGCAAUUUUGUAUUCACGUUUGUAGGUCUGGCGCUCGUUGAGCGCAUCGGCCGACGGCCGCUGCUGCUGUGGUCGCUGGCAGGGAUGGUGCUGUGCCUGCUGGAGCUCGGCGUCAGCUUCAACUUGGCUUACGUCAACAGUCCCACCAUAGACGCUACUGGCAACUCUACGGACGCUUGCACGCAAUACACGUCUUGCUCUACGUGCACUACAUCAUCUGACUGCGGGUUCUGCUUCUCUGCCUUGGACCCAUCAUACCUGAACGCAUCCUGCCUUGCUGCUGAUCACGACCAGUUCAACGAGGUAAGUAUAAGUGAAGCCUGCAGCAACACAAACCUACCCGAGGACGUGACUUUUGCCUACGAUUGGUGCCCGUACGAGUACGGCUGGCUCUCAAUACUGGGACUUGCCUGCUACCUCCUCUGCUUUGCUCCUGGCAUGGGCCCCAUGCCAUGGACAAUAAACAGUGAGCUGUACCCAGGCUGGGCUCGUGCUCGAUGUGUGGGCAUCACCUCGUCCGUUAACUGGGCAUUCAACUUGCUAGUCUCGCUCACUUUUCUCACGCUCACUGAAGCUAUUACUAAACACGGUACGUUCUACUUGUACGCUUGUGUCGCAGCUGUGGGUUUACUAGUAUUCUACUGGAGUCUGCCUGAAACAAGAGGGAUGACUCUAGAGAACAUUCACGUUUUGUUCAAUAGACCGCUUUUCAGCUCCCAGCCAUACAGGACAAAUAGAGAUUCAGAAUCUUGACCUCCAAACACAAUAACAUUUUACGUGUGGUCGAAAGUAAAAAUUGGCUUGACAACGAAUGUUUUCACAUCCUAUUACUGAAAUUGCUCACAAAAUCCGUC